AUGAAGAGUGCAAGAAAAAACUGUCGGAUAUCAAGACAGAUGUUAAAAGAAAGAAAGGAGGGGAGGCAGAUGGCAGCAACAACAGUGGUGGACCCCCCCAUGUUGGAGGAUUGGGAAGAUAAGAUGGUUCAGAUAGUUGGAGAAUCUGCAAUUGGAGGGUUUUGUGGAGUGGACACUUUCAAACUAAGCAGUGGGAUCAAUUCCAGUACUAAACCUGUUAACUCUGCCACUAGUGUGUUGCCAACGUCAGAAUACAGAGCAUACAACCCACCAAUACAAGACUUGUUGGAAGCAGACUACCCACCAGUACAAAAUGUCUUUGAAGCAGACUGCCCGCAAACACUAACAAAUCAAGUGGAGAUCAGUUUACAACCAGUGGUUGACAGAAGCCACAGUGGCAGAGGAAUUCUAGCAUAUGCCUUUAUGAAAAUACUUGCUUAA